AUGGCAUCAUUAACUAUUAUAAUUAGCAUUUUGUUUAUCAAAUUGAAAUUUAAAUAUUAUAAAUUAAAAUCAAAAGAAAUAAUUGAAAAUGGUAUUUCUGUUACAAAAAUAUCAAAAUUUACACCAACAAUAUCUUUAGAUAUUUUUGAAACACCAAGGGAUAAUAACUAUUAUGGUAAUAUGUUAAUUGGUGAUAAUGUUUCACUUAAAUCAGUAAAUAGUGCACCAACUUAUAAUAAUACAUUAGAACCUGGUCCAUUUAAUGAUCAAAAAAGAAGAGUAUCUGAAGAGACAAGAUUUACAAAAAAUUCUGCCCGUAGCUUUAGUGAAGUAUUUGAAAAUUUAAAUGCUUUAAAACUUGAAAAAAUGACAAAUGAUAGAAAUAAGGUUGUUAAUGAGAAUGGUAUUGUUAUGGAACCUGUUGUAACAUCAAUACAAGAAUUAUCAUUGUCAAAAAAAAAUAUUCCAAUUGAAUUAGAAUGCCUUAAAAAUGAUAUGAUUGUUAAUAAAGCACUUCAAAAAGUUAAAAAAAACCCAAAAGAUAGAAUAUUAAAAAAAAUAGAUUCAUCAAUUAUUAUGUUUUAUGGUGAACCUAUAUAUAAUAUAACAAAAGAUACCGUUAAACCAGGAGAAUUUAAAUUAUAA